AUGGAGGUGGCUGAGAUGAGGAUACUAAGAUGGACUUGCGGGAAGAUCUUAUCAGGCAGGAUCCCCACGGGAGUUCUUAGAGCCGAACUUGAAGUAUGGACCGUCAUUAACAAGCUACGGGGAGGACGCUUCAGAUGGUUUGGCCAUGUUAGGAGAAGAGACCAAACAACACCUUUAAGGAGAGCGGAAUCUAUUCACGUUGACGACAUUCGAAGAAAGGGUAGGCCUAAGAUGAGGUGGGAGAAGCGACUAGUGAAGGACUUAAAGGAGCUUGGAUUGUUGGAGAACUUGACUGAUGGUUUGGCCAGGAGAAGUGGGCACAACAAAGGUGAAUCGAUGAUACAUAGGGCUUCACCAGGAGAAGAGAUUGAUCUGACCGUCGAUGAAGAUGGGUUUGUUGCUAAAACUUUAGAAGCACAAGUAUCUUUCAUAUUAAACAUUUUUCCAGAUGGAUAUUUCAUUGAAUUGCCUUAUGAGAGCAAUGACAGGCAUCCAAAUAUUGUACAAGAUGAUCUGAAGAUUUUGCAUCCAUAUGACAGGAGAUCUGAAAGUCUGAUUGCAGCGAUUGAAUGUGGCCAGAUUCCUGCAGAUUUCCUGGAUGACAUACCUUGCAAAUACAUCAAUGGGGCAGUUGUGUGUGAGGUGCGAGACUACAGGAAGAAAUCAUCCGAAUCAGGAUAUUAUGGUUCUUCUACAGCUUCUUAUCCUUCUAUUACUAAAGUAUCUCUUAAGAUGUCACUGGAUGAAGUGGUGAAGGAUAUUCGUGAGAUAUCUGAUAGCUCAUGGGGAUAUGGUGAUUUGAUAGAAGCAGAAUCCAGGAUAUUAAAUGCUCUGCAUCCAGUACUUUGCCUGGACCCGACACCCAACUUAGACAGACUCUGCAAGGAGCCAACUUCCAUAAAGCUAAAUCUUGAUAUUCGUGGUAUGCGUCUGAAGCGGCUAAGGCAGACAUCUAGAGCUGCUACUAUGCCAGAAAACACAAAUCUGAGGGUAGGACACUUAAGACAGAUAAUAGGUCAACCUGAUUUUGUGAAUCUGGCUGACGAGAAUGUUGGCCAGAGCAAUAUGAGGCCUGGAAGACCAAAAGAACAUGCACCAAGUUCCUUCAUCCCAGAACCUCCACAGAUGUCUCAUCAAUCGCACAAUCAAAUUGUUGUCAGUAACUCACGAUACAUGCAAGAUGAUUCAGCACGAGGUUCUUCUGAUGGUAUUAGCCCAAUUAUACCAUCUAUGUCCAAUUUAAAUAAAAUAUGCAGGUCAAAUACUAUGGCUCUUGAUGACAAUAAAUCACAAACUGAUAGUAUUAGUGCACCCAGCUCCUGCUUAAAAAACAAGCUCUUACAGCGGCAAUCAACUGUGCUAAAGCAAAUGUUUGACGGGAGUCCUAAUAAUGAUAGUGGGGGAAUGGAAUUUACAGCAGAGCAGAAAAAAAUAAGAUGCAGUAUGAAACAAGAACUAGCUGACACUGAUAGGGCAGUAAAAAUCGAUCCUAGCCAAGUGCAGAAAAGAUUGCCACAACACUGGACAAGAUCAAUAUACUGUCGAGAUUCAUGGAACAACAUGUGCCAACCUGUUGAAAACAAUACUAUCAUAGGAGAAGAGUUUUCUGGUGGAUCAAUAGGAAUGCAUUUUGGAGCUGCGGCUGGAUCCUCCCAGGGUGGGAAAAUGGCAUCCAUGAGGGGUCAGAAGGGAAUGAGAUACAAUCUAAUAGAAGAGACAGUGGAGAGCGGAAGGAUUGACAUAUCAGAGCCCAUUCAAGUGCAGAAAAGGUUACCACAACACUUCACAAGAUCUAAUGACAGUCAAGCGCAAUGGAACAAUAUCGGACAAUCUCUUGACAAGAAUUCUAUUAUCCAGGAGGAUAAUAACCAGAGAAGAAAAUCAACACAAUCUUUCUCUUCACUAAAUUCAGGGAAGUUAACUAAUGGAUCAAUGGGAGAACAGGUGGGAGUUGCAGUUGGAUCAUCCCAGAGAGAGAAACCAGUUGUCAAUGCGAUGUGUGAUGACACACGAUCCUUGACCUGUAGUUUCAACGAAUUAAUGCAUCCAGCACAAAUGUCAUCAAACUGGAGAUCAGAAUCCAAUUCAAAUACCCCAGAUUUUAAUGUUGGUAACAGAACCCUGAGGGAUCGGUUUUCCAUAAUACAGAAGUUGGCAACAAGGUCUAAACUUGAGUGCAGAAACAACAAAAGUGAUACUCGCAAAGAUGAAAACAGCCAAAAAACAUCUUUUCCUGCUCUACAGCUGAUUGAUGUUCUUGUCAGUGAUCCUAAUAGUGACACUUGCAAAGAUGAAACAUGUACAAUGUUGCUCUCCGAGUCGCUUGUCAGUGGAAACAUCAACAUUUGCAAGACUAGGAUCUUAAACUUUGUCAAGGAUGAAGGUCAUCUUCCAGGAGAUGUGCUUUCAGUGGUUCCUGAAUUUCAAAUUCGAUUAAUGUUAUCAGAAAGAGAAAGUGGUUACGCUGUAGCAAUGCAUUAUGGAGAGCUCGAUGAUUAUGAUUACUUGGUAGAAGAGGAGCUUAUCUCUACACUUCCAAAUACUCAUUCUGCAGACUUGCUUGCAGUCCAAUAUUGCUCUUUGAUGUUACGUGAAGGUUAUCAUCUAGAAAGUGACCAUUUUAAACCUAAACCAAUGAACAUGGUUCCAACACCUGGCACUCUGCCUAACACCAAUUAUGGAGCUGGGCAAUUUCAUGAAGGUGUUUCAGGCCAGUCAACCAAUGAAGUUGCCAGACAAGGAACUAGCCAUCAGAACAUACCGAAUGCAAGGAUGCACGCUCAAGGCAGCCGAGUAUUGCUACCAUCGAGGUCUCAAGAAAAUGAACCACAACCAUCUACCUAUCAGCAGCAACCGCUUCAGAGAUCAUUGGUUAUGAUGCUCGCAUCAAAUCCCAUAUCAAUGGAGCAGGAUACAACCAUGCAGCAGCAGCUGGAUAAUCAUAAUAGAGUGUCAAGUCCCCAAUAUCAGCUUUUACAACAACAGCAACAAUCUUCAAUGCAGGGAGAAAAGAUGACGGGAUCUGGAAGUAUAGGCAGCAUGGGUUGGUAUAUUGGCGAGAAUAGUAGCUUUGGGGUUCAAGGUUUCAGCGACGUGAUGAGAAUGGAUGGUGGUACUCAUGCAGGAACCGCGGUUGUAUCACCAAUGAUGGGUCAGAACACUACGAGUAUAAACCACGGUUCACCUAUCAACAGUGCUAUAAACCAGCAACUUCAUUCUGAUUUUGCAAUAAUGGAUACAAAACCAAGGGUGUCAGUAAGUAAACCAAAUGUCUUGAGUGAGCAAUCCAGUCAUGUUGGUGGGUUACAGGGAGUUGUUAGACAAAUUCACCAGGGAUCGGGCUUAAGUGGUGUUCCACAACUUGUUUCUGGUUCCGCCAACCUGGAGACGGAACCUACACAGAGUAGACCAAAGUUCUUGAGUGUACCGUGGGGGGCAUCAUAUAAUAUUUACACCUCAGGCUCAAGUGGUUUUUUGAUCCUGGAUUCUAGUAUUAACAGGGCUAAGGACAUGAAUCUCAUGCAAGGAAAUGGUAUGGCUCCUCCAAGAUUGAUGUCAGGCAUCAAUCAAAACCAAAACCUCUUUAUGAAUCAGCAGCAGGUGCUUUUACCAUCUACAUCAAAUUUACAGCCUGUUAUUUGGCCAACCAAACAGCGAUCACCAUCACCAUUCGUUGGAAUGCCACAACAGCAGGCGCCUCACCAGCCAAUUCCAGUGAGCCCACAGAUAAGUUAUGGUUGGAUCUGCCCUCCCAUGAGUGCUGGUAAUCAAGAGGGAACGAGCACACAGUUAAACUCACCGAACUUUGCCUCUGUUGGUAACAACUUGCCCAACUUUCUAAUGUAAAUCCGGGGUGUGAAUCGUUAUUCAAACUCUUGAUGUAUGGUUCAAAUUGCAGUUCUUAAAAAAAGGUCACGACUCUAUCUUAGGUACAUUUUGUAAUUUAUGAUAAUCAUGAAGCUUUUACAGAAA